AAAAGUCCUUCAUUCCGUCGCGACCAGCGAGUAACGGCAUAUGAGCGCUCGCAGAGAAAUCGCUAAUCACAAACGGCGGACGACAAAAACCCAAGAACAGAGGCAGAGGAAAAAAAAGAAAAGCAGUUAAAUAAUUAAAAAAAAGUGUCCCGCAAACCGCUAAAAAGUGUGCUAACCUUUUGCUUUUUUUUGACAAGUUAUUUUCGAGUGCGAAAACCGUGAAAAAGUGUGUAAGAAAGGCCAGCAGUUGGAAAGGCUCAAGGAGCAGAAGAAGGCGAGGCGUCUAGCUCACCCCCUCAACCCCCACGACCCCCUCACCCCUUACUCCCCCCUUUUCGCCACAAGGCGAAAACCGCCACCGCCUCGCGCUCUCUCUCUUCCUCUUUCUUUUCUCUCUCUCCCCCCCCCUCACUUUGGGGUGUCACAUCAAUACACCAACACACGCGCACACCCUUGUCCUCAAAAAAAAAAAAAAAAAUGAAAUAGUAACGAAAUUAUCGAACAACAAUAACAACAAAAUAUCUAAGCAGCCUGAAAGUCGAUUCCCCGAAAAAGAAGCUAUAAAAUGCUUGUCCAUGAAAAUUUUUGUUUAUUUUUUUUCCCGUAAGUGCAUGGUGAAACAAAGCAAAAAAAAAACUUGAGGAAAAGUCUUUGAAAAACUCGCAACCGUAUGUUCGAUGGGUGUGUGCGUGUGUCUUUGGAAGAUUGUGUGUGUGGCAGGAUACUUCGAGCAGCAGCCGUAUCAUAACAAGCCAAACUCCCUCUUGACCACAAGAAUCAAGUCACAAGCUAAGGAUGUGCCACAAAAACACACGCUUUGACACAUUUAUAAGUGACAGGACCCCCCCUUGAUAUUUAAAUGACAAAUGUUGAAUUACAAGCAAAAUUUUAAUCACCAGGUCAAUACCAGAAAACAUCAAACUACGAACAGUUCGCAAAGUAAACAUUCCCAGCAAUGUGUAUGCAAGUGUUGGGCGCAUAGAAAAAAAAUAAUACAAAAGAAAAAAAAAUCCUGUCGUAGCGUUGCCACCCGGUGCCAAAAAAGGGAGCUUCAGCGAGUGGCAUUCGGCGAACGGUUUUUUUUUUUAUACUGCUAUUUCGUGUCGCAGUCGCAGUCGGCGUCGACGCCAACAACGACAGCGGCAGCGCUGCUGGUAGAUAUUCAGUUAUUUCUUCAAUCACCACCCCCCCCACGCGGAUCCUUUAUAUUUCCCAAAAAAACAGCACAAAUAUAUUAACAACAAAAAAAACAGAGAUACCUGCAAUAUACAAGCGGAAAAAGCUCUAGAAAAGCAAUGCAACAACAACAUCAAGCACAGCAGCAACAUCAGCAACAGCAGCAACAGCAACAGCAAAAGCAAAAAGUGUAGUGGGUCGCACGCGCGACUUGUGUGUUUGAAUAAUGAAGAAGAAGCAGAAACAACAACAGCAGCAGCAGCAGCAGCAGAGGCAGAGCAAGGCGCCAUCUGAAGCGGAAUCGGAGACAGACCGCCCCGGCAGCAACAACAACAACAACCAUUCGCCAGCAGCAACAGCAGCAGCAACAACAACCAAGCGGCGACAAGCGGUCAACAGCAACAACAAGCGCUGCAGUCGCAGUCGCAGCAGCAGCAGCAGCAGCAGCUGCAGUAGCAGCAGCAGCAGCAACGCUAGCGUCGGCAGCGACGCCAGCAGCAUGUCCAAAACAAGCAGCGGAAAUCCAAGUGCAGCAGCAACACAAGCAGCAGCAGCAGCAGCCGCUGCAGCAGCAGCAGCAAGUGCAACAAAUGCCGCCAAUGCCGCCGAUUUCAGUGCGUUCGACUUUAACGAUAGUUCCGAUAAUUCCGACACGCCACUGGUGCCACGCCCACCCUUCCUGAGUCGCGCCGCAGCAGCGGCCGCAGCAGCAGCAGCAGCGGCAGCCUUGAGCAACAUUAGCAACAAUAGCAACAAUUCGGCUGGCUCGGCCGGACAAAUGCCGCACAGCACUAGCAGCAGCAACAACAAUAACAACAACAACAAUGGUGCAAAUACCGCCAACAGCAGCAGCAGCAACAACAACAACAACAACAACAAUAAUAACAACAACAAUAACUAUGGCCGCAGCAGCAGUCGGAGCAGCAGCAGCUCACAAAGCAGCCUGGACGAAGAGGAGGACGACGAGGAGGACGAAGAGGACGAGGAGGAGGAUCAGGAGGAGGCAGUGUCCCAGCACCAGCAGCAGCAGCAGCAACAACUGGCGGCCGAGCAACAACAACGGGCAGCUGCAGCAGCGGCCGUCGUGGCAGCGGCGGUCAGUGCGCUGCACAACGGCAACAAGCAGCAGCAGCAGCAGCAGCAACAGCACUACAACAACAAUAAUAACAACAAUAACGGCAGCAGCAACAAGUCAAGAGAUCGCGACGAUCACCUGCAGGCACAGCAACAGCAGCAGCAGCAGCAACAGCAGCAGCAACAACAAUCGCAGCAGCCGCAUGACGACGAGGAGGAGGAUGACGACUAUGACGAGGAUGAGGAGGAGGACGAGGAGCAGGGCAAUGGCCACGACCUCACGCCCACUGACCUGCGACAUGUCCUCCCGACCAGCCAUCACGAUCAGCAGCAACAGCAGCAGCAGCAGCACCAGCACCAGCAACAGCAGCAACAUCUGCAGCAGCAACAGGAUUCGGCCGCCUGCUACGAUGACGAUGGCGAGGAGGAGGACGACGAGGACGAGGACAGUCGCGCCACCCUCUCCUCCGCCCACCUAAACAGUGCCGCUGCCGCCGCCGAAAGCAGCGGUCUGCACAUGAGCGCCGUGGCAGCGGCGGCGGCAGCAGCGGCAGCAGCAGCAGCAGCGGCGGCCUCGGCGGCCAAGCUGAGUGCCCAGCUGGAGCAGCAGAAUGCCAAUGCCCUGGACAUGGCUGGUGGAGGCAAUGCCACGCCCAUUGCACCGCCACCGCCCAGCAGCUUGCUCGGCGGCAACAGCAACACCAGCUUCUCCACCAACAACAACAGCAACCACGCCCUAAGCUCCACGCACGGUAGCCUGGGGGCGGGCGGUCAGGGCACGAAUUGCAGCAACGAUCUGUUGACCACCGGCGGUGGGAAUUCCCGAGGCGGUUCAUCAAUGGGUAUGGGCGUGAACGCCUCCAGUGCAUCGCUGUCGUUGCAGCAACAGCAACAGAAUGCCCAGCAGCAACAGCAGCAGCAGCAGCAGCAACACGGCGGCGGCGGCGGGAGCGGUGGCGGCGGAAGCGGGGGCAGCAGCAGUGCGGCCAGCGAGCGGCGCAAGUAUCGCCAUCAGAACUACAGCAAGAACAUCUACAUCGGCACCAAGAACGCCGAGAAGUGGGAGCACAUGCGCACCCGGCUGCAGUUCAAAAACGACGUGGAGUUCGUCGCCUACCUUCUGAACUUGGCCGACAACGAUACGGAUCGGUUGAACAACCUGCCCCCGCCCUCUCCUGCGCACACGCCCACCAAAGGUUUCGAUGGCAACUUCAAGCUGGAGCCGAAUCUCAGCGCCAAGGACUUUGCCGCCCCGCCCGAAUCCUCGAUCAAUGGCAAUGCCACCGGAAACGGAAACGGCAGUGCGAGCGGAAACGGCAACGGCGACUCCGCCUCGGCCGGUUCUCUGCCCAUGGCCACGCCCACGCCACCGCAGCGCAAGCGUUACAAGAAACGUGUGCAGUUCACCUCGGAGGCAUUGAAUGGCUUUGCAUUGGGCAAGGGCAAGGGAGCAGGUGCAGGAUCAGGAUCAGGAUCGGGUUCCGCUGGUGGCUUUGCCUAUGCCAAGUCCAAGAAGCAGGAGGCCAAGGCGGCAACGGCGGCCUUGAAGGCCAGUGCUGCGGCGGCAGCUGCGGCGGCCGCUUCCUCCGCCCUGCCGGAGGUGCUCGACUGUCGCAUCGCCGAGAAGAUCAAGAGCGAACUGGAGGCCAACAGCAAGGAGUCCUCCUCCCUGCCCAAUGCCCUGUGCCUCAAGAAAGCAGCUGCAGCAGCAGCGGCAGCGGCGGCGGCAGCCGCAGUGGCAGCCGCCGCCAAUGGCAGUGAGGAUGAGGACGAGGACGAAGACCAUCACCAUCAGCAUCAGCAGCAUCAGCAGCAUUCGCACCUCCUGCCCGUCCUGCCUGCCAACGACACUGUCGAUGGACUGGGCAUCCCGGCCAGCAAUGGCCAGGCCGGCAACUUCCAUGUGCGCUCCAAGUCGCACGGCGGCAAAAAGUCUCAGGCGGCCAAAGCGGCGGCGGCGGCAGCGGCAGCAGCAGCAGCAGCAGCGGCGGCCAUGAUGCCGCCCAACUCCUACGACGAGCACGACGACGAGCCGGGCGGUGGUGCGGGCAACGAGGAGGACGACGACGAGGACGAGGAACUGGACGAGGAGGCGCUGGCCCGCGAAAUGAAGAUGGAGCAGAAUUUCGUGGAGGAGGAGGACGAGCAUGACAUUGCCUUCCGGUCGCAGCAGUCCUGCCGCGAAUGCUCCAUUGCCCACGACCACAAGCUGUGUCCGCUGCGCAACGCGUGCGGUAAUGUGACGGACGCCGUCGAUCUGGGCGAGUGGAUCGAGCGGCGCAAUUUGGAGGCGCUGGCCAAGCUGAAGGCCGAUGCCCAGCGGCAGGCGAAGAGGGCCAGCGGUCGGCAGCGGCACGAGGACGAUGACAUGGAGGACAUGGAGGACAUGGACAUGGAUAUGGACAUGGACGAGUCGUCGCAACUGUCGGAGCUGGAGACCAAGCCGCUGAUCACGUUCGCCGAGGCGUCGGUGCCCGCCGAAUUCGAGCUGCACAACGUGGAGCCCAAUGUGACCGGCGUCUUUGCGCGCACCGAGGUGAGGGCCUAUACCAAACUGGGACCGCUCAUCGGGCAGCCCGUCCAGACCGGCGAAGUGCGCGAGGGCAGCGACAUGAAGUGGAUCUUCGAGAUGUGCGAGGCCGGGGCGGACAAGUCGUAUCUGCUGUGCUGCGACAACCCCAAUGCCUCCAAUUGGCUCCGAUUUGUUCGCCCAGCGCCCAGCUACGAGGACCGCAACGUCAAUCUCGUCUCCAUCGAUCGGCAGGCCUACUUCGUCAGCUGCCGCGACCUACGCAACGGCAUGGAGCUCCUCUACUGGAGCGACGACUGCAACACCAUGUGGCGCAAGAAGCACACCGAGAAAACGAACUGCGGCGGCUGCAACCUGAAGUUCGAGCACCCCCUGUACUACCGCACCCACUGCUCCGUCUUCCACGAUCCCUCGAUGAGCCUGACCAUCCGCAAGUACCACUGCAAGGUGUGCGGCGAACCUGUCCUCGGCAAGGACAACAUCAUGAAGCAUGCGGCGGAGAAGCACGACGGCAAGGGGGCCUACCAGUGCCAGUUCUGCAGCAAGUUCUUCCUGCGGCUCAACUACCUGGAGAUGCACCGCACCUACGGUUGCGCAUCGAAUCCGAAUCGAUCGCGACCGGUCUGCGAUUUUUGUGGCCGAAAGUUCUGCCAGCCGCAGAAGCUGAAGGCGCACAUCAAGCGCAUGCACAGCGAUAUGGCUGAAGUUUUACGAGAUUUUCAGUGUAAAUUAUGUUCAAAACUUCUAGGAUCGCGAGCGGCACUGCAACGCCACUCGAAGGAGGUGCACAGCCGCAACUCGACGGUGGUGAGCUGUCCGCGGUGCCAGAAACUCUUCCAGAACCGCAGCAAUCUCAAGAUCCACAUGCUGACGCACUCGGGCGUUCGGCCGUUCAAGUGCGCCGAGCCGGAGUGCAAUGCGGCCUUCACCACCAAGCAGUGCCUGCAGUUCCACUACAAGAAGGUGCACAACUACACCCAGGAGCAGAUGCCCAAGAUCGAGCGGAGCGUGGCCUACACCUUCGAUGCGUACUCGGGCGGCAUGAAGGUGGACUUUCUGGGUAAGCAACAGCAACAGCAGACGGCGACGGCUCCGCAGCCCCAGCCCCGCCCUAAUGCGGCCGUCGCCUCCCCCCUCUCCUCCUCGUUCACAGAGCAAGCACCGCGGCGGCGGCGCAAGAGUCUCGAGGACCAGAGCUCUAUGCUGAGCGGUUCGCUGCAGAGCGACGCGGAGUUCAGCGACGACAAUCUGUUCGAGGCGAUCAAGAAGAGCGGCAAGUCGAUCAAGGAUCUCUGCCGCAACGAGCCCAAUCUAUCGCUGCUCAGCUCCAAGAUCUCCAGCAUCUUUGGAACGGACAAGGUCCCUUCGUCGGCGGCUUCGCUUUCCGUUUCCGGUGUCGGUGGCGCCUCUUCGGUGGGCGGCGGUCGCAAGCGGAAGCGCAAGAAGGAGCCAAAUGCUUCGGCCCAGCAGCAACACCUCAGCCACCAGCAACAGCAGCAGCAGCAGCAGCACCAGCAGCAGCAACAACUGCAGCAACAGCAGCAGCAGCAACAGCAGCAGCAGCAGCAUGCCCAGCAGCAUGCCCAGCAACUGCAACAUGCCCAACAGCAGCUGCAGCAGCAGCAACAACAGCAGCAGCAGCAGCACGCCCAGCAGCAGCAACAUGUCCAGCAGCAACACGCCCUCCACCAGCAACACCAACAGCUGCAUCACGAUCCGCAGCAGCAGCACCCGCAGUACCAUCCCCACCAGCUGCACGCCCACACCCUGCCCCACCAGCAGCAGCAACAGCAGCAACAGCAACAGCAGCAGCAGCAGCAGCAACAACAGCAGCAGCAACAGCAACAGCUGCACGGCGAUCCCGACGACGAGGAGGUGGAGAAUGCCCGCCUGGAGCAGGUGCGUCGCAAGCAGAACGCCCAGCUCAGCCUGGUGGAGUCCUUCCUGACCACCACCGCCCAGCGGCUGAGUGCCCAGCAGCAGGUGCAACAGGUGGUGGCCGCAGCGGCGGCCGUUUCGGCCAUGGCCGGAGCUGGCGAGGAUCCGGCCAAGCUGGGCCACAUGAUGGGUCACAUGGGCGUGGGUGUGGGCGUGGGCAUGGACGAGGAGGAGGACGAUGACGAGGACGAAGACGACACCGGCGGCGGUGGUGGUGGUACGGCGGUGCAACACCACCCGCAUGUCCAUGCCCAUCAGGCGCAUCAUUCGCACGUCCAUGCGCACGCUCACCCGCACCACGCCCACUCGCAUUCGCUCGCCCACCCCCUCCAGCAUCCCUCCGCCGCCUCCGGGCCCCAGGGGGCGGGGCAGCAGGACUACCGUCACGCAGCGGCCAUGAAUGCCGCUCUCGGCCAGAAUCUGGUGGUCAGCAAGGGCAGCAAGAAGUGGAUCCAGGAGGUGCAGGACUCCAGCGAUGUGGGCGGCGGUGGCGCCGGCGGCGGGGAGGGUGCGGUUCCCGGCGAUGGGGCCAGCUGCGGCCAGCUCUCCGGCGGCGGUGCCGGCGGUGGUGGUCCAGUCCCGGAUUUGGGAUUCGCCGUGCCGCCGAGCGCCGUGGACGAGCACAGCAAGCUGUUGGGUCAGAACCGCGAUUUUUUGGCCCGCUUGAUGAGCAGUGCCAGCGCCAGCCACGCCCAUGCCCAUGCCCACGCCAAUGCCCAUGCUCAUGCCCAUGCCCACGCCCAUGCGCACGCCCACGCCCACGCACACGCCCACCAGCCGCAUCAGCAGCAUCAGCAGCAGCACAGCGCCCACAGUCGCGAGGAGGACGAGAACAGCUCGUUUUUGGACGUCGUGGAGUCGAACAACAAUGCCGCUGCCGCCGCCGCCGCUGCUGCCGCCGCCGCAGCCGCGGCCAUGUCGCACUACGGCAGCGGUGGGAGUGGCAGCGGCGGCGAUGGCGGCGGCGGCGGCAGCGGCGGGCAGACGCCCACGGGUCCGGCCACGGGCGGCACGGUGACCGGCGGCGGCGACGAGCCCCAAAUGCAGAUGAACUCGCUGGCCCACUCGCAGUCCUUCAUGAGCUCCUUCUACAACAAUGCCAACGCCCGUGUGGGCGGCGGAGUGGGCGGCGUGGGCGGUGUGGGCGGCGGCUCCUCAUCGGCCAGUAUGCUCGUGGAGGCGGCCCUCAACUCCGUUGGCAAUAUGAUUGACAGCGAGAGCAGCGACCUCAAGGUUCCCACCGAUAACCACAUAAACAGCGACAGUCCGAUGAGUGCCCAUGUGGAUCCCGAGUCGCAGCGUUUCGGAGCGGGCAGUGCGGGCGGAUCGGCUGGCGGCGGAGGAGGAGGAGGAAGCGGCGGCGGAGGAGGCGGUGGCGGUGGCGGAGGAGGCGGUGGUAGCAGCGGCGGAUCUUCGGGCGGGGCCAACGGAACGGGCAUCGGCGGGGCCAUGGACAACCUAGAGAACGAGCUGAAGAUGAUGAAGAAUCUGGGCAGCUUCCCGAUGCAGAUACCACCGCUGCCGAUGUUCCAGGGCGCCUGCAAUAUUUCGCCGAGCGCCUCGACGCCCACGAAUCCGCAGAGCAAUCAGAACCAGAACGACGUGGACGUGGAUGCGGGCAGUACGCCGCGUCCCCAGCACCCGGAUUCCGAUGGCUUCUCCUCGUCGCACCAUCGCACACCGCCCUCGCCGCCGCCCAUUUCGCCGGGACGCGAUUACGGCGGAAUGUUUGGGGCCGGCAACGGUGGUGGCGGUCCCGGUUCGGUUAGCACGCCGGCGGGCAGCUCCAGCGGCGGUGGAGGGGGCGGUGCUGCCGGAGGGGGCGGGGCCAACAGCAUGUCCGCCUCGUCGCCACUGCCCGCCUUGCAGCCGCAGCGGAGGAACGCCUCCAGCGUGGGCAGCACCUAUCCGGAGCACGAGCUCAUCUCGCCCGCCUCCUCGCCGAGCAUCCCGCGCUACAACUUCAACGGCGACAUGAUGCGCCACAAGCGGGCGGUCCAGGAGCAGGAGCACCAGGAGCGCCAGCGGCAGAACAUCUCGCGUCACAACCAGAUGUCCAGCGACGAGGAGAACAGCAUCAUGCCCCAGAACAGCGCCGGCCAGGACAUGCGAAUGAAGUUCCCGCAGUCGCAGAUCGACCUGAUGUACUCCAAGUACGAGAGCAUGGCCAGCAAUCUGAAGUACAACAGCCAGGAACUGGACUCGCCGGCGGAGUACCGCCAGGCGGGCAGCGGCGGUGGCGGUGGCGGCGGUAACGGCAUCAAUUCGGCGGCGGUAAGCGCGGCAGCGGCGGCAGCAGCGGCGGCCAGCGACCUCUCCGACCUGCAGGGCCUGGACAUGAGCUCCAGGUCGAAUGCGGCCAGUAGCAACUAUCAUCACAACUUCCAGCUGCCGAGCAGUCGCUAUCACCAUCACAUCUACGACAUUCUCUCCGAUCGGGAGCAGCAAAACCAGCAAGCGGGUGGCUCAGUGGUCGGUGGUGGUGGCGGCGGCGGCGGCGGCGGAGGAGGCGGAGGCGGCGGCGGUGGCGGCGGUGGAGGAGCGGGAGCGGCGUCGGUGGUGCACCAGCAGGAGCAUGGACACCAGCACCAUGCCAUGCAGCAGCACCAGCAGUCGGCGGCCGCCAUGCACAGCAUGCUGAGCGAGCAGCUGGGCGAGCAGGAGCAUGACCAGACCACCUCGGUGGACCUCAGCCGCACCGCCAACUAUGUGGUGUCGUCGCCGCCGCAGCUGCCGUACAACCAUCCAACCCACCAUGACAUGCUGCGCAUGGCCUCGCUGGACCUCACCGGCCCCAAUACGGCGAACAUGGCCGCCGUGGGCAACAACCGCUCGUUCCUCUCCACACAGAUGCAGCACCAGAGCCGCGAGAGUCUGGAGCACCAUCGCCUGCUGUCGACGGUGGAGCAGCAUCGCAUUUUGGCCGCCUCGAAUGCGGCGGCCGAUCAGCAUCGCCUCCUGGUCGAUCCGACGGCCCAUCUGCUGAUGGAGCAGAAUAACCGACUGCUGGGCACGGCCGAUCAGUCGCGCCUUCUUGGCGAAUCGGCGGCGGCGGUGGCCCAGAAUCGACACAUGGCCCGCAGUUUUGGGGCCUACCAUCAGGUGGCCUCCAGCAAUUAUCAUCCGGGUGUGAGGCCACCGCCCGUCCUGCCGUCGGCCAAUCAUCAUGCCUCCAAUCCGUCGAACUACCAUCCCUUCCCCGCCUACUACUAAUUGGUGGAGGCCUCGAGGAGGGCGGAGUUAUCCGGGAUAAAGUGCACUUUGUGGGAUUCGAAUAGAGGCAAUCGAGUAGUUUAGCUUAAGGUUACGUCUCCUCGGAACCCCCUCAAAAUUCAGUUCAUUUCCCCUUGAUAGUAUGUGAAAAAAAUGGUAUUGGAGGAGGCAAGUUUUAGGACAUAAAGCUUAAGAAGAAACCUCAUUUUUAGUUAAUGCAUUUCCCCAUGAACUUCCACUUGAUGCUGUGUAAAAAAUAAACUUUUAUAAGCUAAUUUAAUGAUUUCAAGUUAAUAAGGAAUUUUUUUUAUAGAAUUUUGACUUGAUAGUGUGCCAAUUUAGAGAAUUGUUUCCAUACUUCCUUUGAAAAAAUGUCGAGCUCGUAUUAUGUACAAAAAGGCGAAAAGGGAUCGGUAAAGCUAUUUUAAAGAUAUCAAUUUAAAGAAGAAUUUCUUCAAAGGAAAUUUUGAGAAGAGUGUUUUUAAACGUCUUAUUCCAAGAAUGCAUUUUCCAAACAAUUCUUUUUUGAUACUAAGUAAUAUAUAAAAGUAAAAAUGGAUUCGAUAAAUCACUGUACCACUACCACUAAACAUUUUAAAAAAUGAAACUCACUUAUUAAUAUAUUAUUUGAUUUAAAUAAUAUUUUAUAAAGAUUUGGAUUC